AAUAGAGAAACUCUGACAUACACACAAGCCCCAGAACAGGUGGAGUGCGUUUGGCGAUCAGGGACGGGGGCAUUGUAUUGUUGACUGGAAGUGAAUGCAGUGAGAAGGGGGAAGUUUUCCAACAAGCUCUGAGCUGCAGUGGACGUAUCAGGUUACAGACUGGGCAGUUUGCCUGUUCGGUUUUUGUGUUUCCCAUUCCUCCGGCAGCUCCUAAACAGCAUGGAUCUAAAAAACGAGCUGCUGAAAUCCAUCUGGUACGCUUUCACCGCCCUGGACUUGGAACAGAGUGGAAAAGUCUCUAAAUCUCAACUCAAGGUGCUGUCCUACAACCUGUACACAGUGUUGAAUAUUCCCCAUGACCCCAAGAUCCUGGAGGACCACUUCCGUGAUGACAAUGAUGGGCCUGUUUCCAGCCAUGGAUACAUGCCUUAUUUGAACAAGUAUAUACUGGACAAAGUGCAAGAAGGCCAUUUUGUCAAGGAGAACUUCCACGAGCUUUGCUGGACUUUAACGGCCAAGAAAAACUACAAACCCUCGAGAGGCCAGGGCCUGAUCUCGGAGUCAAGCGCCUUCAAACUCUGGUGCCUCUUUAACUUUUUAUCGGAAGACAAGUACCCCCUGGUGAUGGUACAUGAGGAGGUUGGGUAUUUGCUGAGGAAAGUGUUCACAGCAACUGGACAGGAAUGGCUGCACGAAGAGGAGCUGGCUGAGUACUUCUCCCAGAAUCCUUCGCUAUCUGGGGCGGUCACAGUCUGGCAGUUCCUGGAGAUGAUGGAAUCGGGAAGGUUCACUAAACCAGCCAGCAAGGAAUCUCUCACUCUGGGAAUCCAGUCCGUUUACGAGGAGCUGGUGUUGGACGUAAUGCAGCAGCUGUCAUUAUUUACCCUUUUCCCUUCUUCACAGGUGGCAGAGCAAAAGAGGAGGAGAGCCAGUCAGCAUGUGAAACACUGGAAUGUGCAGCUGAGUCGACUGAUGCAGCCGAUUGUGCCUGGGGCUGCCCAGAAUCCGCCAAAGAGUGACAUCCUGAGCCACAGAGGAGGAGGAGCUUUCAUUCCCAAAGAGUUUGCCGUCAGGAGGAAAGACCGCAACGCCAGGAGACAACACGAGGUGGUCCCGUCUCUGGACUCCGAAGAGAUGCCAGGCUCUGACUCUGAGGAUUACGAAAACAUGGCGGAGUACAUAAAGAACAUGUCGCUGACAGGGGCUAAGAUGAUCCCUUAGGUGGAGCCGCAGUGUGGACUAACCAGUGUGAGUGAAGAUGUGAGGGACCCCCUGGGGAGUCAGUGCCGAAUCCCGGUGUGGGUGUGCGUGUGUGGGUGUGCGUGCGUGUCUCUGGUUUCCAUUUCAGCCUGCCCGUUUGUCGGACAGUGUGUCCCAGCCCCUUCCCAGGGUCUGCACACAGCUGGGAACAUUGUCGUGUUCCCUGACACUGGAGCCAAGGAUAUAGUGAGCAGGACAGAGACAGCCUGGGGACCAUUGAUACUGGGAGAGACAAGCCCCAUCAACAUGAAUCCUU